UGUGGAAGCGGUGCGCAGGCGCGGGCCUGGCUGUGCGGGCGGCGGUUGAAGCUUCCGGACGCGGCGCGGAACAUGACCCAACAGGGCGCGGCGCUGCAGAACUACAACAACGAGUUGGUCAAGUGUGAGCAGCGGGAGCUGAAGGUCAAAGGCGGUGGGUCGGCGUCCGGCCGACCCACUCGGGAGGACGCGCGGAACGCCUCACGAGCCCCGCUCUGCGGCCUGUCCCGUGUCGUGCUGGUCGGGGUACGAAGCUCACGAGACCCAUCCCACAGCUCUGUCUUCCCGCCCUCCCUAGGCAUUGAGGAGUUGUGUCAGAAGCGAGAGGAGCUGUGCCGGCAGAUCCAGCAGGAGGAGGACGAAAAGCAGCGGCUGCAGAAUGAGGUGAGGCAGCUGACGGAGAAGUUAGCCCGCGUCAACGAGAACCUGGCGCGCAAAAUCGCCUCUCGCAACGAGUUUGACCGGACCAUCGCAGAGACAGAGGCCGCCUACCUCAAGAUCCUGGAGAGCUCUCAGACUCUGCUUAGUGUCCUCAAAAGGGAAGCUGGGAAUCUGACUAAAGCCACAGCCUCAGACCAGAAGACUAGUGGAGGCAAGGACAGCUGACGCGUCUGUCUCAGCAGUGUCCUAUGGCUGCUCAGUCCCCAACAUGUCUGUCCUAAAGCAUCUUUCUUCUUCGUGGCCUCAGAUGCCGUCUCACUAUCUCAGGUACCCAGAGGGGCAACUUCUGACCUCCACCUUCCUUGGAUGAUGAGAAACGCCCUAGGACAGUCCAGUGGGAUAGGGGUUCCCAGCUCUGUACUCAUGUAUGCCAUGGGAACCCUGGGUUCCUGGUUAGCUCCAUGAGGGGCUUCUCUCUGAAGCUCCUAGAUCCCCCUUGGGCUGCCAGGGAGGUCCUGGUCCUAGCCCAAGUACUGUGGGAGCCCCUCACUUUGCCUCCUUAGCCAUUAGGGGUUUAGGCCAGGCAUGUUGAGGAAAGAAUCUUGACUCCAGAACUGAAACCCUAGGGCCCAUCCCCAUGGCCUCUCAUGUUUCAAUAAAGGUUGUUUUGCAAAGA